CCUCGACCUGGCUGAUUUGGCAAGUCUCUUUAACGUCGAAUUCAAAGUGACAUUGAAACCACACGUCUCUAUCGAAACCUCUCAACAUGACCACCUAUGCUACCGGCCCCUUGCCGACCGAGACGUCACGCCUAUACAUUCCCUCGAUCUUGGUGAACCCCAAGUCGAAAGAGCAAGCGACUCGAGACUCUUACCUCCUCCAACAGCGAGAACAUGCCCUCGCUCAAGCUCGAAAGCGGCAAGAUGACAAGGUCGGCAAGGUUGGAAAGCGUCGAGAGAGGCGUAGGGAAAAUGCAAUGCUUGCUCAUAAUCCACACGCGGCUCUCCCCUCCCGAAUCGACCUGAUGCCGCCCGCUCCCCGAUACACAUCCACGUUCACUCAUCCUUCAUCCCGGUCUCCAGCCGCUGCCGCUAUCCGUACAGCCUCUGUACCUUCGCCGGCUGCCCCCGUAUCGGAACCAGUUUCCACCGAAGCUGGCAAAUAUACGCUCAGUCUGAAGGGAGUCCGUAGCAUGCUUAGGAAACGAGGCAGACGAGCCGAGGUGGUCGUCAAGAUCGUAGAGAAGGAGCUGCGAGGUUGGAGUGGCUGCGAGCUGGGAGACGACGAGAUCGCGGCGACGCUUCAGGGGAUUCAGAUUCAGGAUAUCGACGGGUUUGGACAACCCCGAAUCAUCGACCCAACCCUGGUCAACGUCAAGACUUCGCAAACAGCUUCCGGCUCCCAGGUCCCCCUGGCAGAGACGGUAUCCCAGGCGCAACAGCAGGAACUACUGGCAGGCUCGUCAACCUCUACUGCGAGACGGCUGCCACGCCCUUUCUCAUUGCAUCCCGCAUCUUCGCCACACUCGUUGUCUAGCUUGUUGACCUCGUUAUACACGUCGUCUAUGAGCGGCCCGUAUGACAUGAACGCGCAGCGCCAAGCAAUCAUCGAGGUAGUCAGGGCACCGGGUCAUCUGGUAUGGGCUAUUGCAGACGGCUGGGAAAGGUUAAUAGUCCACCUCCUGGUGAGGUACUAUGGGCUAAUCAGUUUCAGUCAGACACUUCCACCUACACCCACAAAUCACGACGAUCCCGGAGCAGCUUACAACUGGUCGCCGUUAUACCGUAUCACCCAUAUCCUUCAGCCUGCGGCUCUCUCCACGCCAGCCCUCUCGACCCGCCUUCAAUUGUUGACACCCGACAACAGUGAAUUGGAUACCGACUUUACAACCGGUAGCGAAGCCGGCUUCGCUACCACAUCAGAUUCGGAAACGGCCAGUUCUGGACUUGCGGACAGUGACACCGAGACCGAAUGCGGUAGUUCAGGGGGUCAAGCCAGGUCGGCAGCGCGACGUGCCGCAUUCCUGUCAGAGGCAGACAGACUCGAUGCGCAGAGUGACCUGGACUCCGAGGCGGAGGGUGACACCACCUUGGUACCGGCUGAAGUCGCACAUGCGCCGCCCUCUACUCUGCGCCGAAAGCGUCGGUCCGAGAGCAAGUUAAUCGGGGAACAACGGUCACGUGACGAUGACGGCGAAGCUUCCGAUGAAGAGGGCUAUGCAGAGUCGACAAGCAGUCUGCUCGAUUCGAUGAUCCUGGCCGCAAACGAGACUUCCUCAUCUCGCACAAGCGAUUCAGCCGCACCGUUCACUAGCGAAUUUGACAUUCCGCUACAUAUCAAUCUUUUCCCGGAGCGACGGGCCAAGCUGGACAACGAUCACGUGUCGCAGAGGCGGGGCAAGACGCCGUUCUUUGAGUAUCUUUACGGUUAGGCCACUUCCACUGUAUCAUCAUGAAACUAUCGCCAAUCUCGGAGACACA